CGAGCUCAGUCGAUCAGAAAGCAAAGUGCGAGCCGUCGGGUAAGUUGGUUUUUCGUCUGUGCUCCCGACGUUUGUCGUACACAGAGAGUACUUGUGAGUGUGUGUGCGUUACCGUCAGCGGAGUCGUCAUCGUCGAACCAAAACUGGUUUUCAGUCGGACCGUUGUUGGUGGAAAUUGCUGGAUAUCAUUAUUUUUGCAGUUCUAAGCCGGUCUCAAUGGAUUCAGUGCACUCGAUUGUGGAUGUUUUUCAUCGGUGAAUACGUUUUGUCGUGUCUAAACCCGGAUUAUCAGGUGAUGGUGUGGAUCGAAAAAUCAGUGCUGAUUUUCCCCCAUUCUCUUCUCAAAUUGCUGCUGAGAAAGAAAAGUAUUGGUUAGGCGUGUGUGCGUGUGAGCACACUCGUCCGUACACACAAUCGGUCUUUUCCCGUUCUCUGCCCAGUAUCCGGUGGGGGUGUUAGUGUAUUUAUUCGUCGAGAGAUUUUCUGAUUAAUCAAAAGGGAAAUUUUGCCGUAUCGUGAGACGGGUUGGAAAAGUUAAUUUUCGGCGUGUUUAUGAAGUUAAAAUGAAGGUGUUCUGUGUUUUCUAGGUGCAGUAAAGCCGCUCAGAUCAAACAACUAAUCUUUCAAUGAAUGUGGUGAUUUGCAAAAAGCAAAAUCUUUGCGAAAUAUUUUUGUAGUUUCAAUCAUUUUUUUUUGUAUUUUUCUGGUGCACGGAAAAAGAAGAAGUUCACAAUUGAAAAAUGUUCUUGCAUUUUGGAGCCGUUUCGUGAUCCUAUCGGGUGGAGUAACAGUUUGGAAGUUAUUAACCAGUAAAGUGUUGAACCAGCGGAUGCUUCGGAGCCGUGUUGAAUCUGAACCAAGAAACCGGAAUCGUGAUUGAUUCCGGGUGUGCUCUGGAAAAAGAAGAAAACCUGAGUGUAAAGUUGCGAAUCAAAUCAGACCUCCGCUUGGCUCUCUGUUGGUGAAUAAAUAUUUCUCCCGUUGUCUAUUCUGCUGAAGAAAGAAAAUAAUACAAUAGUACGCAAAACUCACACAGUUUCAAUCGUCCGUGGUUGAAUUAUCCAACGACGACAACGACAGAAACUUCAAACCGUCAUCGGUAUCAUCAUUAUCAUCGUCAUCCAAGUUAGCGCUAUCAUCGAGGGACGACGACGACUACUACGAUUACGUCAAAAUGGCGCAUCAAAUGAUGCCCCAGUCAGUGAACUGCUCACUUGACGAUAUCGAUCUGAAUGCAUUAAAGGACCCAGCUGGAAUCUUCGAACUUAUCGAAGUGGUCGGAAAUGGAACCUACGGACAGGUUUAUAAGGGUCGCCACACAAAGACUGGACAACUCGCUGCCAUUAAGGUGAUGGACGUCACCGAGGAGGAAGAGGAGGAGAUCAAACUGGAGAUCAACGUGCUCAAAAAGUACUCCAACCACAGAAACAUUGCCACGUACUAUGGUGCAUUUAUCAAGAAAACGUCGGCCGGCAAGGACGAUCAACUCUGGCUGGUCAUGGAGUACUGCGGUGCCGGUUCCGUUACCGAUCUGGUCAAAUCCACCAAGGGACAGAGCUUGAAGGAGGAAUGGAUCGCCUACAUUUGCCGGGAGAUUCUACGGGGGUUGAGCUAUCUGCACACGAACAAAGUGAUACAUCGGGACAUAAAGGGACAGAACGUUCUACUGACGGAUAAUGCCGAGGUGAAACUGGUGGAUUUUGGCGUUUCAGCACAGUUAGAUAAAACCAUCGGUCGGCGAAACACGUUCAUCGGGACGCCCUACUGGAUGGCACCGGAAGUGAUUGCAUGCGACGAAAAUCGGGACGCCACCUACGACAAUCGGUCCGAUCUGUGGUCACUCGGUAUCACCGCACUGGAAAUGGCCGAAUCACAGCCGCCACUCUGUGAUCUACAUCCGAUGCGAGCUCUGUUCCUUAUCCCGCGAAAUCCACCGCCCCGACUGAAGUCCAAAAAGUGGUCGAAGAAAUUCCACGGCUUCAUCGACACGGUGCUAGUGAAAGACUAUCACCAACGGCCUUACACGGAGCAGUUACUGAAGCAUCCCUUCAUCAAGGAGCAGCCCACGGAACGACAAGUGCGGAUACAGCUUAAAGACCAUAUCGAUAGGUGUAAGAAACGCAAGCAGGAAAAAGAACGAGAUGACUACCGGUACUCGGGUUCGGAGAACGAAGAGGAAGAAGUUCAGACAGCGGGUGAACCAUCGUCCAUUAUUCAAGCACCUGGCGGUGACACGUUACGGCGGAACUUUCAGCAGAUUCAGGAGGGUCGGACGUUGAUGCAGAAUGCCGAACAGCAGCAACCGCCGAAUGCGAACCGCAAUCAGAAACCACAACCGCGGGACGAGCGGAGUAAAGCGCAACCGGUGGAAGAACCGGGACCUCCCUCGCGGCCAAUUCUACCUCAGCGUUUGAUAGUGGUCCCGGACCCACCAGCCAAUGCAAAUGCUAACCGGCCACUGCCACCGACGCCACGAUCCAGCAGCGGAUCGUCUUCACAACCCCAGCAGCCAUCAUCACAGCAACAGACGCCUCAGCAACCGCCACGCAACUCCCAGAACAUUUUCAAACCAAUGCUGCCGCCACGGCGACCCGAGGACUUGGACAUGUUAGCCGCACAACUAAAUGAAUUGGGCGUCUCCCAACAGUCACAGCAAGCACAGCCGGAAGCUCCACCACGGAACAAUCGGCAGCAGCAGCAACAGCAGCAGUCCAGCAGCAGCAGUAGUAGUGUCGGCGGUGGUAAACCGGUCGUGACCGCCGUCGCCGCCAACGGCAACAACAAUGGCACCAGUGGCGGCGGUGGUAUUGGCAAUAAUAACAACAACAAUCACCACCACGCUCAACCAAUCAAUCCGCUGGAUCCCAUCGAAAGCUCCGACUCGGACUCGGAACCGGAGGAACCGAACGAUCGGGCACGUAACGACGGCACGCUGCUGGCCAGCGAUCCGCCGAAACCACUUCCCGAAUUCUCCUAUAGGCCUGGUGGACUGGGAGUGCUGGCCGAGUCGGAUCCAGUUUCGACGACCACCCCCGGGGGUAGCAACAAUAGCGUACUCUCGCCCCCCGGCAGUGGUAGCGGCGGAGGUGGACCCCCCAAUCGACCACUUCCGCCGACACCGGAUGACGACGAUACCCAGGGCGAUCGGACGCUGAUCAAGAGGAUUUUUAAUGUAAAGUGGAAAAAUUCCGAGACUCGAAACAACUAUGACAAUAAAUCGAGUUCGUCCGUGGGAACAACGACGUCAUCCACAUCAACGGGAUCCACUCCGUCCGAAAGUGAGGAAGCCGUCCUGCUGAGAGAUUGGGAUUUCGAACGAUUUUUCCCGUCCAAUGAACGCCCGAAGCCGCAGCAACGUCACUCCAUGUCGGAUAAAUCGUCCUCAUCGUCACCGGCUGAUUCCAGCAGUCGACUAAAUGGAUUGGACAAGUUCCGCAAGGAACGAGAAAACAGUAAAGUCUCGAAUCUGGCCUUUGCUGAGAAAAGAAAAGUCGAAGAGAUGAACAACAAAAUUAGGCUCGAAGAACGCGUUAAAAGUGAAAUCUUUGCCCGGCAGUACCACAAACAACUGUCACCAGGGAAAGCUGGUCCGGCUUCGUCUUCAUCGUCCAAACAGCAACAACAGCAUCCACAACAACAGUUCCUUAAACAAUCAUCUCAUAAGCGCCAGGACUCCGACUCCAAGCUCUCGCUCAAUUUUGUACGUGGCUUCCGCCGAGAAAACUCUGAUUUCUUUCCACUUUCCAAACGUCACUCGGCUAUCCUGGGGGAGCAGAUUACCCCCGGCAGUGGCGGAAAUGGCAAGCAAAUGUCCAGCAGUGUCAUCCAGCAGCAGCAACGUUCAAGUGCCAUAUUUUCUCGAAAUCGAACGAAGGGGGAACCAAUCCUUACGGAUUUCACCGUUACCAAACGUGGCGAUGGAGAAGACAUGAGAUCACAAACACCACCAAGGGCCACGGGUUCUAGUGCUGCCCAGCAAUCUAGCCCUGGUCAAGCAGUAAUGCGACAAGCUACUCCGCAAGCUCGAAAUUUGGAUUUCCGGCGACCUCGUCGGGAGAAAACCGAAUCGGUGAUCUUUGUGCGCAAUUCACCAACUCGACAACAACUGGUCGACAGUCAGAACCGUGCCGGUGAGAACAGCAGUUUAGGUACACCAGGCCAGCGUACCAGCAGUGUCCUGCCGGAUCUACUAAGUCAGGCAUCUCCGGCCACACCACCGCGCCAUGACAAAUCCGCCAGCGAAGAGUACCGAGCAGCCGUCAGUUCCUCUGCCCAUUCCACACCAUCCAAGUCCUUCACUGGCGUCGCGAGCGUCGGCCUCAUCAACAAGAGCAACAGCAAUAACAAUUUUACCCAUAGCAGUAGCAAUAAUAGUAGUAACAACCAUCACCCAUCACUGCAUAGCGGCGGCGGUGGUGGUGGUGGUGGUGGCGUUAGUGGCAAUGGGAACUCGUCACCGCACUCAACGAUAUCAAACUCGUCCUCUUCCUCCCACCAGAAUAGUCCAAAUCAUUCGAUUAACAUUAGAAAUCUAAACAACCACAAUAAUCUUUUGCAUAGUAGCAAUAAUAACAAUCAUUUACCUCCCUAUCACCAUCAACAACUACAACAACCACCAUCAUUGUUGCACCAUCAACAAUCACAACCGGCAUCGUUGAACUCCGUUUCCGGUGGAAUCGGUGCUGCCACACCGUUACCUCCCUACGCACUGGCGUUGCAACAGAAGCAACGAAGUUUCCUCACGUUCGGGUUCAGUGCCGGUUCCGGUGGGUCCGGAGCGGCUCGACGGGAAAGCCACGUCAACGUAAAUGUGACACCGACGUCACACGAUGCUGCCAGCGAUACGCCCGAAAUACGCAAGUACAAGAAACGUUUCAAUUCGGAAAUCCUGUGUGCCGCCCUGUGGGGUGUUAAUCUGCUGAUAGGAACAGAAAAUGGUCUUAUGCUAUUGGACCGGUCCGGACAGGGAAAGGUCUACCAACUGAUAUCACGAAGGCGAUUCCAGCAGAUGGAAGUGCUAGAGGGGCAAAACAUUCUGGUCACAAUUUCCGGCAAGAAGAACCGCGUUCGGGUGUAUUAUUUGUCUUGGCUGAAGUCGAAGAUUCUUCGAACCGAUGGCAUGGGUGAUCAACAAGUGGAACGUCGCAACGGUUGGAUCAACGUCGGUGAUUUGCAGGGUGCUGUCCACUUCAAAAUAGUCAAAUAUGAACGCAUCAAGUUUCUGGUGAUUGCGCUCAAGGAUUCAAUUGAGAUUUACGCUUGGGCACCCAAACCGUACCACAAAUUUAUGGCAUUUAAGAGUUUCGGUGAACUGAUGCACCGUCCACUGCUCGUCGAUUUAACCGUGGAAGAGCAGACUAGGCUUAAAGUGAUCUAUGGUUCGGCCGAAGGCUUUCACGCAGUCGACCUCGACUCGGCUACCGUUUAUGAUAUCUACCUUCCUAAACAUACUCAGGGUCCAAUUUCGCCACACUGCAUUGUGACUUUGCCCAACUCCAACGGCAUGCAGUUGCUGCUUUGUUACGACAACGAGGGGGUCUACGUCAACACGAUGGGUCGCGUGUCGAAGAACAUUGUUCUGCAGUGGGGUGAAAUGCCAACGUCGGUCGCCUAUAUCGGUACCGGUCAGAUCAUGGGCUGGGGCAACAAGGCAAUUGAGAUCCGUUCGGUCGAAACUGGCCACCUGGACGGAGUGUUCAUGCACAAGAAGGCCCAGCGACUCAAGUUCCUGUGCGAGCGGAACGAUAAGGUAUUCUUCAGCAGUGCCAAAGGUGGUUCGUCCUGUCAGAUCUACUUUAUGACGCUGAACAAACCCGGUAUGGCCAACUGGUAAAGGUGCGGAAUAUGCUCACCUUUGCCCAUUCUCCUGUGUAGGCACGGAGUCGUGUGUGAAUGAGAUUCAUAAAUAGUUGAAUGCACGAGAUAGUGAGAGUAAUACGUUUACCCUAUAUUAACAAAAACAGAAAAAGAAGAAGAAGAAAAACACUGUAAAAGGUAAGUCAUUUGAUGGUGUUUUAUAAGUCCGUUGAAGUUCGGUUUUUUUGCUUCACGCGUCUUUAGGCAGACGAAGAUCAUUAUAGAACAGACAAGCACAGACAGUAAAUCGUGUUAAUGAGCAAAGUGUAAAGUAAAAUAAAGGUAUAUAGUAAUUAUACUACUAAUUCAGUAAGCGAAUAAGGUAAAAUAUAGUCCUUUAUAAAAUGGUUUUCAAUCUCUAGAAAUUGCUUCUUGAUUGAAAAAAAACUAAAAAAAAACCUAUCCCAAGGUGAGGCAAUAAAAAGACAUAUUUCCACACCACACCAGUCGCUUACACUCAAUCGAACAUCUACUUCUUUCCACGUACACCAAGUUUCGUUCUGACCGACUUUUCAUGCGACUGACUCCGAAAUCACUCAAUCAACGAAAUCGAACCUGCUCAGUUUGUUGACAUCGAGUAAAUCCGUUUAUGUUAAAAUUUUCCGAGGUAUUGUUCAAUGUUUCAGUUUGAUGUAAUUUCAUAAUUUUUCGUCUUUGCAAACAUCGUGCUUUAGGUUGGAGUAGUAAAGCAUAUCGAGAAUAAAUUCGCCAAAUAAUUUGAAGUAUUUUCACUCAAGUGAGAGCGGUGAAUUAUCAACAUUCUUCAUGCCUUAAGAUGAAAACUUGAUUUGCUCAGAAUCCCAAUUGUGCCAGUUAAUAUUGUGGGAUUUUUUGAAUAAUAGGUACUUUGUUCAAAGUAGUUGUCUUGGAAAGCUCCGCCUUUUUUCCAUCGUUCCACCAACACGCAAAAUCACGACGAAAAAAGUGUUUAUCUGUUAAAGCGAUCCAGUCGAGAAGCCUUUUUUCCACAUCUUCUUAACUAGUGAAGUGCUGCUCAGCAAGAGCGUGAUACAUCGAUGAAAACAAAUGAUAGUCGGAAAGAGUCAAGCCUGGGGAGUAUUGCGGACGCCUUUUCGUGCCGCAAAAUUACUUGCUCAUGCUUUGCGGUUCGUUCUGGUCGUUUUUCGAGUAAUGCUUGAUUCAUCAUCAUAAUCAUCAUCAUCAUUCAUCAUUUACUAUCGGUCGCGAUUAGUGUUUACAAUUUCCCCUGGUUUGUGAAACUUGUAGUACAAGACACCUUUUUGAUCUCGCCGAAUUCACAGUAUUUUUUUGCAGUUAAUGUCGGUGAUAGGCCAGGGUCGACCUUUGAUCUUGAGCUUGAGAUUCUCGAAAUUAAUUCAUUUCUCAAAACAAAAUCGCCCAUCAUGUUUCGCGUCCGCUACUGUCUUUCAUUCAGCUCAUGAGUAACUCAUUUUCCCACCGUCUGAAUCUUUUCCAUGUUGUAUAGGCGAUUAGAAAUGGCUUGACGACUAACGUUCCGUUAUUUGUUUUUGGGCUUAAUUAAUGUGUUCGUUCAAUAAUCCUGGCAAUUCCGCAUCUUCAAUUUUUUUUGGGUUGACCUGUGCGUUCGCUGUUUAGACAUUCAACUCCUCACUUUUGAAUCGUUCAAUUCAACGUUCACAUGUCGCGACGAAUAGAGCAUGUUCCUCGUAAGCUUCAACAGGGAUUCAAUGGGAUUAAGCAGUACUUUUUUUGGAACAAAGUAAUGAAUUAAUAUUUCAUGCAAAUGUUCUUGUUUGGCAAGAAUUUCGACAUCUUCACUUCAAUAAACGUACAUGACACUAACCUGUAAUUAUUAAUGGAACGUGGUUUCAAAACAAAAUAUAUGUUUCGACGGGAAACUAAUCCCUGUUUGCAGCGACAUCUCUGGAAAUAAUGCAGUAUCAUUAACUGGUACAUCUGGUAUGUUCUAGGACCCAAAAUUUUUCACUUUAGAUUCACAGAUUAGAUAAAUCGGUUAUUGUUUUAUUGACUGUUAAGGUUCUAGUUACAAUCUUAGGAAAACAUCCAUUGUUGCAAAAUGCAAAAGCAGUUUUCAUCGCUAUUGGUACAUGAAUUUUCAAGAAAUAAAACAUCAUUUUAUUACGAAAAUUGUACCUAACAAACAGCGAAGAAAACUGUUUGUUUGAGUUUUGCAACAUGUUUAGAUGUUAUCCUAAGAUUGUAAAUUGACUCUUAAUCAAAUUCAAAUCCAGCCUAAACGGACUAAAUGUUCGAGUGGGUCGAUUGAAUAUUUCCAAUAUUUUAUUGAAUCAAUGUCAAUUCGUUUCGUAACAUGUCGCACUACUCAAUUACGGUACAAUUUACUAUCAAACAAUAUGGAACAAUAUUGUCGAAUUGCAAACAUGUAUAAUGAAAUUGUUUAUUAUUGGAAAAUUGCUUUUUUUUAGGUUUUAUGUGGUUCUUGAUUAACUCUGUUGUUUUGAAUCUGUUCUCCAGUAAGCAUGUACUACAAUCAGCAAACGAAUGAAUCUACUCAAUAUCUCCUUACUUCCUGUCAUGCUCAACAAGUGCCAUUUUCACUUCCUAGACAUGUUUUUGUUUUAUAUAAAUCUAGUUCACAUGUGCAAUAAUCUAUGCAUGCCAAUUUUUAUCGCCCUCAUACCCUCCGUACUCACAGCAGUGAGCUGUGGAAACCUUUACUGAUGGCGCUCGAAAUAUUCCCACUUACGAAACAAACACACACACAUACACAAAAAACAAGAACAUUCUAGCUUGGGUCAAUAUAGAUUCAACUGCAAAAGUCUGAACACUAAAUCUCAUCUUACAUUGGACUACAUUUGCAUCUUAUGCGUACAAUUUUAAAUCGAGCAAAAAAAAACACUCAAUAAAACUGUAGAAUUCGAUCAAUAGCAAAUAAAGAAUUCAUUUAGUAGAAAACCGUUACGAAAAAAAAACAUAAACUAGCAGGUAAUAAAUCGAUUGAUAAUUCUAAGACAGCAAACUAGAAACAUUUUUUUCUAAUCAAGCAUGAGAUCCAACCAACCAAAACGAUAAGGAAAAGUGUUGCUGGAUUCAGUCGCCAUACAGCAAAAUUAAUCGUGUAAAGAAAUGCCUUCAAACAAAAUAAAACCAGAAAAUACAGUGAUAGGAUCGUUACACACCUUUACAUAUACUAUUCGUUUAUUAUCAUUUUCUUUCGAGUAAAUUCUGAUGCACACAAAAAAACAUGAAUUAACAUCAAAAUAGCCUCCAUCUCCAGUUUUCCCACACGUUACUCGUCAUCUUAUACCACAAUCAAAAACACAUGUGCUCAUAUUUAUAACCAUUUACUCUUACCCAUACCAUCCUUCAACACGAACAACAACAACAACACUUACAAGUAUUCUUAGAGGAAAUAAAUUUAUCUCUGUCAUAUCUUCAUUGCUAGUCGCACGCUUUGUUCAAUUAAAUAACAAAACAAGAAAAAGAAAACGAAUGCGUUCGCAAAUACACAUACACAAUACACGCAAACCAGUAAGGAUUUUAUAAGCUUGUAAGUAAACAUCGUGAAAGUAUAAGCACACACACACACACGAACACAAUCAUACGAACACUCACACAUUUUUAUCUACAGUCUACCAUUAUUGAACAAAAGUUAAACUAAAGAAAAGAAGCGACAAGUGCAGUACACAAGUCUUUUAAUAAAAAAAAAUAUAAUUAUAAAUAUAUAUAAACGAAUUGAAAGUAAUUAUAUGGUGAAACAAUAUUAGAAAACAAACAGCACACCCAGACAGCUCGGUUGGAAGGAGAAUCGGUGCGGUGCGGUGGUAAACAGUAUGGAAACCGCAAACAAAACGAUAAUUACCACACGAACAAAAAAAAAGUGGAGCGCAGGAAAAUAAAACAAUACAAACAAUGCAUGCUGUCAAAAUCGGAGCUCGAAUUGAGCAAUUUGGAAUAGGGCAAGUUUGGCAGAACAAAAAAAAUCCUACUCAAUUACCAUCAUCAGAACAAUACGCGGUAGGAGUUUAAAAAGAAAACUAAAAAUACAAACAGCAGAGGCAUAGAAGGUAAAAAUAAACAAAUAAAAGAAAACCGACGAUAAGAGGGUAUGAUGAUAUAAAAGAAACUUAGACAGUAAUAGGAAUAUUUAUAAUAAAACGUGAUCAAAACGA